CGCUCGCUUGGGGCUGCCUGCUUGCCAGCGCAUGCGCGGUGCUCGCCCGAGGGCCCGCGUGCGCGUGCGCGGCGCGCCGCCCUCCCUUCUCGCCCCGCGCCGGAGCCGCCAUGGCGCCUGUGAAGAAGCCUGCAGCAAAAGGUGGUAAAAAAAAGAAGCAGGUGUUGAAGUUCACCCUGGACUGCACCCACCCUGUGGAGGAUGGAAUCAUGGACGCCGCCAACUUUGAGCAGUUCCUGCAGGAAAGAAUCAAGGUGAACGGCAAAGCGGGAAACCUGGGCGGGGGCGUGGUGACCAUUGAGAGGAGCAAGAGCAAGAUCACGGUCACGUCGGAGGUCCCGUUCUCCAAGAGGUACCUGAAGUACCUGACUAAGAAGUACCUGAAGAAGAACAACCUGCGGGACUGGCUGCGCGUGGUGGCCAACAGCAAGGAGAGCUACGAGCUGCGCUACUUCCAGAUCAACCAGGAUGAGGAGGAGGAGGAAGAGGAGGAUUGAGCCCCCCUGGCAGCCAUUUUGUACAGUUUUACUUUCCUGGAAUAAACAGUGGGGAAAAGUU